AUUAACAUGAGAUCAAUAUAUUUUGUCCUGGGGAUAGCAAUAUGAGAUAAGAGUGAAAUGGCAGAAACUGCAGUGUCUUUUGCCUUGGCAGAAGUGUUCCAAUUCCUAAAGGAAGAAACACACCUUCUAAGAGGCAUCCACAAAGAUUUUUCAGUCAUCAAAGAUGAACUAGAAAGCAUUCAAGCCUUCCUCAAAGAUGCAGAUAAAAGGGCAGCAGACGAAGCAAACACUGAUGAUGGAAUAAGAACAUGGGUGAAGCAAGUGAGAGAAGCAUCUUUUCACAUAGAAGAUGUCAUCGAUGAAUACCUCAGGCUCAUUCAUCCGCCCCAACUUGGAUGUGUGUCUUCAACAUGCAAGAUUACAAGCCUGAUUUCUCGUCAUCAGAUAGCAACAAAGAUUCAGGACAUUAAAUUGUCACUUUCUGUGAUCAAGGAAAGAAGUGAAAGGUACAAGUUUCAAGUUUCACAAGAACAAGGAAGCAGCUUGGAACAGAGUAGAUGGCAUGAUCCUCGAAUGCGUUCUCUUUUCAUUGAAGAAACUGAAAUUGUUGGAUUUGAAUUCUCAAGAGAUGAAAUGGUUGAUUGGCUGUUGAAGGGCACAAAAGAUCCUGCAGUGAUUUCAGUGGUAGGGAUGGGAGGACUCGGAAAAACCACCCUUGCCAAGCACGUUUUUGAUAGUGAAAAUGUAAAAAGCCACUUUGAUUGUCGUGCUUGCAUCACAGUUUCUCAAACAUACACUGUGAGAGGGUUAUUCAUAGACAUGAUAAAGCAAUUUUCUAAGGAGACAAAAGACCCUCUACCACAAAUGUUACACGAAAUGGAUGAGAAGUCACUAAUUUCUGAACUGAGGCAAUACUUGGAGCAUAAAAGGUAUUUGAUAUUCUUUGAUGAUGUAUGGCAUGAAGAUUUUUGUGACCAAGUUGACUUUGUCAUGCCUAAAAACAAUAAAAGUAGCAGGAUCAUAAUCACCACUAGAUUGAUGCAAGUUGCUGAGUUUUUCAAGAAAUCCUUUCUUGUCCGAGUUCACAACCUACAACUUUUGCCUCCAGACAAAGCAUGGGAACUCUUUUGCAAGAAGGCAUUUAGAUAUGAGCUAGAUGGGCAAUGUCCUGCAGAGCUUGAAGGUAUCUCAAAUGAAAUUGUUACAAAAUGCAAAGGAUUGCCUUUGGCGAUUGUGGCCAUUGGUGGUCUAUUUUCAACAAAAUCAAAAACUGUGUUUGAAUGGCGAAAGGUAAGUCAAAAUCUAAACCUCGAGUUGCAGCGUAAUGCCCAUCUAACUAGUUUGACUAAGAUUUUAUCUCUUAGUUAUGAUGACCUCCCUUACUAUCUGAAACCAUGCAUUUUGUAUUUUGGUAUCUAUCCUGAAGAUUACUCCAUUCAUCAUAACAAAUUAACUCAACAAUGGAUAGCAGAAGGGUUUGUAAAAUCUGAUGGGAGAAGAACUUUAGAGCAAACUGCAGAUGAGUACUUAUCCGAGUUAACUUAUAGAAGCCUGGUUCAAGUCUCCACAGUUAGCUUUGAAGGGAAAGUUAAAAGUUGUCAAGUCCAUGAUUUAUUACAUGAAAUGAUUGUAAGAAAAGUGAAGGACUUAAGUUUUUGCCAUUUUCUGCAAGAUGAUGAAUUAGCCACAGUUGGAAUAUCAAGACGCCUAUCUAUAGACACUAGUUCCAACAAAGUGUUGAAGAGAAAUAUCAACACACACAUUCGUGCUAUUCAUGCUUUUGGAAAAGGAGUAAUUGAGCCUUUUAUGGGUCAGUUAUCUUCAAAGUCUAGAUUGAAAGUACUUGACCUUGAAGGUAUAUCGCUAAAAUAUGCUCCUAGUAAUUUAGGAAACCUUUUUCACUUAAAGUACCUAAAUCUAAGGGGAACUAAAGUUCGGGUUCUUCCUAAAUCUGUUGGUAUGUUGCAGAACUUGGAGACCUUAGAUAUAAGAGAUACGUUGGUUCACGAGUUGCCAAGUGAAAUAAACAAGCUCAAAAAGCUGCGCCAUCUUCUUGCUUUCCAUCGAAACUAUAAUGCAGAGUAUUCUAUUUUGGGCUAUACAAGUGGUGUGGUAAUGAAAAAAGGUAUUAAAAACUUGACUUCCCUACAAAAUCUUUAUUAUGUGGAGGUAGAUCAUGGGGGAAUAGAUCUCAUCCAAGAGAUGAGAUUCUUAAGGCAAUUAAGGAAGUUUGGAUUAAGGCGUGUCAAGAGGGAAUAUGGGAAAGCCAUAUGUGGUUCAGUGGUAGAGAUGAAACACCUUGAAUCACUUAAUAUCACUGCAAUAGGUGAGGAUGAAAUCAUCGACUUGAACUCUAUUUCAUCCAUACCCCAACUUCGACGACUCAAAUUGAAAUUAAGAUUGGAGAAGAUGCCUAAUUGGAUUUCAAAACAUGACUAUCUUGUUUGCAUAAAGCUGGCUUUAUCCAAUUUGAAAGAUGACCCGUUAAGAUCGCUAGAAAACUUGCCAAAUUUGAUGCAACUAAGUAUGGGGGAGAAUGCCUAUGAUGGUGAAAUUUUGCAUUUUCAAAGUGGAGGAUUGCCUAAAUUGAAGAAACUGGAACUCAGAAGCUUGAAUAGAGUAAAUUCUAUCAUUAUAGACAGAGGAGCCUUGCUUUCGCUUGAACAUUUCUCAAUUACCAAAAUGCCCCAUCUCAAGAAGGUAUCCCCUGGCAUCAAAGCCUUGGAUAACCUUAAAGUUCUCGACUUCCGUGAUAUGCCAACUGAAUUUGUUGAGAGCAUUGGUUCAGAAAACGGACAAGAUCAUUGGAUCAUCAAUCACAUUCCCCUUGUAAUCAUUCGUCAUUGGGUAGGUCCAAAAGUCAAUGAUUUUGAAGUCCGCACAAUUCACUCCUCCAACAAGUCAUAAACUCAUAACCAAUGCUUUCAUGUCUAAUAUGAAGGCUAGGAGUCGUUCUUUGAAGCUUCUAAUCAAGACUUCAUAUGAAUGGACAUGUUCAUUUCCAUAACAAAGACACGUGUAAUUUCUUUAUGAUUGUUGGAUUUGUUGUGAUGACGGAAUCUACUGUUGCUUGACAAUUAUUUUGCGUGCAUUCUAUAUUUAUGUCUGCCUUCUCUCGAUUUUGGAAGGCAAAUUGUGAUCUUUUUAUUGGACUUUGUGGAAUUACUAAAGUUUGCAUGAGGACUUUUUCAUUUGAAUGGA